UAGAUUGUUAUCAAAUGGACAUUUUAGACUCGUCGAAAGAAUCAUUUUUUUAUUCAUGUUAGUCUUAUAAAACUUGAGUUGAUCAACAAUGUAUUAUAUUGUUCAGUUUUUAAUUUAAAAGAAAGGAUAUUUUUGGAUUGUUGGUUUCAAAUAUUGAUGCAUUGAAUGCAUAAAAAAAAAUUUUUUUUAUCGAGUGCCUCGUAAACUCGAUGAUCUCAUAAUUCUUCUAUUAAUAAUGUAUCUUACUAUUCGUGUAUCAUCUGAUGUUGUUAUUUUAUUUUCUUGACNUUUUUUAUCGAUUGCCUCGUAUACUCGAUGUUCUUAAAUAUUUAUUAUUGAAUUAUGUUUUAAAUUUCUAUCUAGAGAAAUCAUAUUUUACCACCUAUACGAAAUCAAAAUAAUUCUCCUAUUCGUCUUCGAUCAUCAGCAAGUGUACAAAUAUUACCAACUAUAGGAGAUAAUCAUAUGCGAUCAUCACAUUUAUUUAUUUAUAAACCAAUACAAUUAAAUAAACAAUCAUCAACAAUUACAAGUGCUCGUACAACAGCAUAUUCAGAUUUAACAGAUAAUUUUACAUUUCUUACAGAUUUAUUUCGAUCAGGUCUUCAUUCAGAUAUAACAAUAUAUUAUCAUGAUCAUCAAUGGAAUUUACAUAAAAGUAUUUUUUCAGCACGUUCAAUUUAUUUUAAUCAAUAUUUUUUAAAUUCAAAUAUAACAGAAUUAAAUUUAUCUGAUGAUAAUGAAAUAUUAUCAUCAAUUAUAUUUGAUAAAAUGUUUUUAUUUCUUUAUACAAAUCAAUAUAGAUUAGAAAAACUUCCUCGUUUAUCAUUAUUUGAAACAAUUCGUUUAUUAUUUAAUUUAUCAAUUAAAUAUGGUAUUGAUACAUUAACAUAUAUUUGUUUACAAGAUAUGUGUAAUACAUAUAAUUUAAAUAUAAAUAAUGCUGCAUAUCUUUUAAUUGCUCUUCAUCAAGCAUUGAAUGGUCCAUAUGAAAAAUAUCAUUCAAAUGAUUAUUUAAUAAAAAUAAAAAAUUUAAAACAAAAUAUUUUACGUUUUAUUCAAUUACAUUCACGUGAAGUUCUUCUUUCAUCACAAUGGAAAUUACUUGAAAAACAUUAUCCAUAUCUUGUUCAUGAUGUUUUUGAAAAAAUACAAGAAUAA